CACACCCACACGCCGCACCACCACCACCACCACCACCACAAGCACGCCAACGCCAACGCCCGCUGUGUUGGCCGGUUGGGCGCCCGUGUUCCCUCCCCCUCCCCCCAAAUUUCAAACCCUCCCAGCACAUUCUCAGCCAGUAGGAUGCCCUCCUUGAACCGGCUCACCGGCGUGCGACGCUGUUUUGGGGCCGCUUUGGGGGCCUGGACCGGCUGGCCGUGCCCGCUGUGGAGAGUAGAACAGCCCACUAAAGAAGAAGAAAAUUCCCGCCCUCUCCUCUUUGCAGAGAGCUGCGAGAGGUGCGGUGGGUGCUCUGAACAGAAACUUGGGACCUUCCGGCCUGGCCUGACUUCCAAUAAUAACCUCUCUACCAAUCCGGGGUCAUCGCGGAGCUCGGCAGUCCCACUUUUUGAUUUGUUUCGUCAAGGGCAGGCUCAACCCGUCCAUCAUAUCAUCAUCUCAGUAAUGCUGUAGAUAUGCUGUAGGUAGUGCAAUUGCUUGUCUUCUUUUCUUUUUUUCUCCCCUGCACAUGCAUGCAUCCUCAGCGUCCAGAGACCUCGCGUCGUGGGAUUCCCACCGAUCU